CGGUCUGCGUCCAGAGCAUGGGCCGGCGGGAGAUCCCUUCCCUUCCUUCCGCUUCCGGUCAGCUGAGCUCCUCCGUCGUCAAGGCGACGUCGCUGGUCCAGCGGAGGUCUCAGCGGAAGGCUCGCUGUCCCUGGGGCUGUUUCACCUGUUGCUGAAACGAACCUGACACUUUUGGGAAGAUGGUGAAUGUUUUGAAAGGAAUACUUAUAGAAUGUGACCCAGCCAUGAAGCAGUUCCUGCUGUACUUGGAUGAAUCAAAUGCCCUGGGGAAAAAGUUCAUCAUACAAGACUUGGAUGAAACACACGUCUUUGUGUUAGCUGAGAUGAUUAACUGCCUGCAAGAGAAAGUGGGAGAGUUAAUGGACCAAAACUCUUUUCCCAUUACACAGAAAUAGAAAAUAUUGUCUUCACCACACUGUAUCUAUAGAUGCAGAACUGAAAUUCUGUAGGUAGAUUUUCCUGGUGACUGAUUUGAGGUAGAUUGGAUAGUCAUGGUCCUUCUCAUUAGUUAUUAUUUAUUUAAAUUGUAUGUUUAGCUUUUUUUUCCCCCGCUAUGGGAAAUAUUUGUAAUUCUGAUAACAGUCUAACAUAGCUGUCGCCGCAAGUCAUUUUGUGGGUAGUUUAUUUUAAUUUUUUAAUUUGCCUAUAUGCCAGAGGGAAGGAUCAGUGCUCUCUGUAAUUCUCCUUUAGAGAGGACAGCCUUAACAGUUUGCUUUGAAUAUAUUUUGUUACUUUUGUUCUUUUGAAAUUUACAUCAGUGAAUGUCAAAUUUCAUGUACUAUAUGUUGAAAAGCAUGAUACUACUGUAUAUUCAAUAAUAAAACCAUUUAUACCCAGUCUUA